GGCGGAUGGACUGCGGAAGAAGAUGCUCACCUAGCCAGGCUGGUGCUGGAAUACGGGGAGGGCAACUGGAGCCCGAUAGCACGCGCGUUAAACGUACUAAUGAAGAAUCCAGAGUCGACGGGGCGCAUCGGCAAGCAGUGCCGUGAAAGAUGGAAUCAUCACCUCUCUCCUGGACUUCGCAAGGGUCCAUGGGGACCAGAGGAGGAGAUCUUGCUGGCAGAUGCACACAGGAGGCUAGGCAACAAGUGGAGCGACAUCGCUCGCUGCAUCCCAGGCCGCAGCGAAAAUGCGGUUAAGAAUCAUUGGAACGCCACGCUUCGUAAGCGGCUC